ACUCUUGAUUUGGACUUAUCCAACAAGUUUCUUCCUAUGCAAUACCAAAACCACCCUUACCCUUACCUACACUUAGAAUUCCAAACCCCAUUUAAAUUAUAUUCCGUCGCUUAAUUCGCGAGCGUCCAAACCUAAAAUCAAAAAUCAUGGAAGAUAGUUUCAGAGUCCGUGUAGAGAAAGCUUUUGGUUCUCUUCCAAUUCCUUCUUCCGCUUCUCUCUGGUCUCUCUCCGAAGACGAAAUCAACAACAAACCUAAACCCAAACCCGAACCCGAACCCAAAACCUACCCAACUUCUUCCGGUCUCGAACCUGACCUGGACAACGACCUCGAUGAAGAUGAAAUCCCCGCUCCAUCUAAGCCCUCCGAUUACGACGAUGAACAGUGGCAGGUUAAAUCCGGUAUCGGUCUCGAUUGCACCCUCGAUUUUGAGGAAGAGGAAGAUCAUUAUGACAAACAAGCUUUGGGCCAAGAUGACAUGGGGGAUCGUUUGUAUAUGAGUGCUAUAAAUGAAGAUGGAAUCGGAAUAAGUUCUCGCGCGUUUGGAGAUUUUUCGAGAGACCCGCGAGCAAAUCAUGUGGCUGCUAAGAUUAAGCUGGAGCAGGAUGAUGGAGGAGCAAAGGAAAUUGAUGUUUUGCAUGUCUCUGCCAAAUCUACUACACCUGACAUUGGUGGUGGUGGCAGUGGGGGUGGGGGUGAUUCUGUUAGUGUUAACUUCAAGUCAAUUUUGAAGAGUAAAGAUAAUACUUCAGAGUCUAGGCCUAAUAAACGUGUUCGGUUUGAUUCUGAAUGUGAUGAUAGAGAUCGUAAUGGUGAUGGUGGUGAUGAUGAGAGGGAAGGAACCAGGGAUGUUCGCAUGAAGAGCUCUUCAAUGGAAGAGGAUGCAGCUUUAAAUCAGCCAUCAAAGUUGCAGGAAUUUGCUUCAGCAGUUCCUGAUUAUAUCCGCAAUCCUUCGAGAUACACACAUUAUACUUUUGAUUCUUCAACUGACAUUGAUGACAAAGCAAAUAAGGAGGCAUACAUGAGCUUCCUUGCACAGAUAAAAGGUUCAAAUGCAUCCUCACAGGCAGAUGAAGCGUUGGAUGAUCUUCCAUCUGUUACCUUUAUACCGAAGAAGAAAUCCGGUGAUGUCACUAUGGGAGAGAAUGAGACAGUGUCAAAGCUAAAGCUUGAUGUUGAAAAGGAUUGCAUGAAUAAAAAAGCUUUCCCUGUUAGCAUAGCUGCUGCUGGAGACACUGAAAACAGUGAUGUAUGUGCAAUGGAGGAGGAUGAACAGGAACUUAUCGAGGACACUAAAAGAAGCUCUCAGAGGUCGAACCGCAAGUACAGGAAGAAAACCGAUGAGGAGUUGGAGGAGCCUGUUGUUUAACUGCAGAAUGACUUCCUAGAUUUGUAACAUGUUUGGAAACGUUGCUGGCCCAUAGCUCACCUGUCAGAGUGAAAUUCUCUCCUCUCCAAAGUGUAGUUUCCAACUUACUACGUGUUGCCACCGUGGUCUCCUUCAUUUCCAAGUACUAGCUUACAUAAUUUGCUAUAAUCAGACUUCUCACUACGUGGUGCCACCACGGUCUCUUUCAUUUCCAAGUACUAGCUUACAUAAUUUGCUUUAAUCAGACUUUUCACUAGUUGUUAUUUUUCAAACUUUUGUGGAAAGACACCAUGUGCCUGGAUUUGACUGGGAAAGUUAUGUAGUUGCUGUAACUGCUGCAGGUGUGAACUUCAAAUCAACUAACUAAGCCUAAUAAUUUGAAUGGAGAUUUUGGAAUUUAGAUA